AUGGACCUCUCAGAGAUUGUCGGUGGUGGUAGCGGCGAUGGCGGCAGCAGCCGCUCCUCGCUCGACGAAUCUUUCUCCUCCUCGGUUACGGAAGAUGGCGGCAGCAGCAGCAACGAAAUAACCGCCCCGCGUCCACCGCCGUCCGCGACCGGCUACGACGCCGCCGGAUCGGAGGAGUAUGUCAGGGCAUUGGAAAAUCGCCUAGACCGCAUCGAGACUCUUGUUAGGGCGUCAGGCAUCUUGGAUGGCCGGCAAGCCGCCCCCGAUGCUGGCGGGCAUGUCGACUACGAUGUCGACAUCGAAGCCCUUCUUGCCGAAGUGGGCCAGUCGGGAGAGUCGAGUCUGCCAAGCAGGGAGAGCACCAAAAACUCAGACUUCUGGAAGCAUUGUAUUUGGCAAACGAAACGGUCCGGAUGGGUCAACGACAUCAUUGAAGAUGUAGUGGCUCGCGGGCUGGGGCCAGCAGUGCACACGGGAGCUCGUCGCUUCAGCCAGUACGCACGCCUACCGCCCAUGGAGGAUGUGUUGUCUCUCGUCGGCGACUUUUUUGCUGGCUGCAACAACAUACUUCCGCUGUACCACGAAGAAACGUUUAUGAAACAGCUGUACGAAAAUAUGGCGGGCGCAAGUGAAUCAGCCGGGUGGUGGGCGAGCAUCAGCACCGUCCUCGCCUUGGGCCACAUCUCGCGCAUGAGAAGCACCUUCUUCCCCCAGGAACAGGAACGACAGGCGUGGGCGUACAUGAAGAAUGCCAUGGCCAUCCAGAGCGAUUUCCCCACUCUGGAUUUCGAUUUGCUCAGUGUUCAAGCGCUGAUUGGAAUGGCCCUCUUCUUCCUGAUCACGUCGUGCAAUUCUCAUAUGGCUUCGAUGAUGCUUUCGACGGCGAUAAGAGUAGCACAGGGCAACGGUCUUCACAUCAACCCGGAUGAUCCGAAGUUGAGCGAGACUGAGAAGGAGCAGCGAAGACGAGUGUUCUGGAUUGCUUGCAUCUUCGAUAAGGAGCUGAGCUUACGCAUGGGUCGCGCGCCGGCGCAAGAUGAUGGCGACAUGAAUAUCGACCUCCCCCAAAACAAUCCACCAGACAAAGCUGGCUACGUGGGCAGCUUCAACAUGUUCCGCGCAAAGUGCGUCUUCGCGCAGAUCCAAGGGAAAGUGUACAAGAAGCUCUACUCGGCCCAAGCUUGGAACCAGCCGCGCGACGAGGUGCUCGUGUCGGUGGCCAGCCUCGAUCGUGAGCUCGAAGCGUGGCGCCAAAACAUGCCGAUGGAGUUACGACCUGGCUAUAGGGGCGAAAACGACAAUCAUCCAAUCAUACCGAGCCUACCGGCUCCCUAUGAUAGCAACGUCUUGGUCACGCAUUUCUGCUACUGGUAUUGCUUCAGCCUCAUCCACCGCCGCUACGCCAUCAGCAUCAGCAUCAUCGGCGACUGGCCCGAGGCAGCCGUGCCGAGGAGCAUCUCGCCGACGAUGCCCGGAUCGCAAGUCACAGACUCGGCGAGGAACAUGGUCAAGCUGCUGCAAUGCCACCCGCCUACUGCGAAGGGGACGCGGUGGUACCUCCUCUACUACUGUGCGGCCGCCCUGGUCAAUCUCUUCGGCCAGAUCAUCAACGAACCGGACGCCGCCGCCACGUCGCAAGCCGACCUCGCCCGCAUGCGAGUCGUGCUGAGCUUCAUGGCCGUUGUCUGCGAGGAGGACAACCGCGACGCCAGGAACAUCUUCGGCAUGUGUCGGAAGAUGGAGCAGAUCGCCGUCGACUGCCUCGAGAAGGCGUCGGCGAAGGUCGUCAGCGUGGGGAGCUCGUCGACGACGGGGACCGACGACGGCGAGGACGAGGAGCAGCGGAGAAGGGAGCGGAAGGAGUGGGAAGACAAGCAGCGGCGGGAAAUCGUGCAGAUCCAGAGGCAGUUGAGGGUCCAUGGCAGGUUUUUCUCGCCGAUGGAUGCUUGA